UCUCCUUCACGAUAUGACCGAGUCAGCCAGUUCUCGAAUGUCGUCAUUAUCCGGUCGCUGCCUUCUUUUUGCGUUCGUUUUAGCUGUUUUCGUUCUGUAACUGCUACGUUCCAUCAUUUCAGUGGCGAUUUAGACAUUUUCUUUAGUGCGGUGGUGAGUUUUUGGCAAUUUUUCUAUUCGGGACGAGGCGGGAUUGUGAACGAUGGGAAGAGUGCCGAUGAUCCGACUCGCUUUUAGUUGAAAACCAAUUAAAACUGAAGUCGUUAAAGAUGCACAAGUACUUCUCACCAUCGAUUCCGUGGCGCUAACUCAUGCAACAUGUUAUCCACCAAUGUCCUGUGCAUCAAAAAGAAGAAGAAGAGAAGCUACUGCAUCGUCAACAAAGUAGAAAAUGGAUCCGGUUCCGCCGAAAAAAACAAAAGAUCGGCCGGUGGCGCAGCGACCAUGCUUCAAAUCACGGAAGACACACCGCCUGACAUGCUGGCAGGGGCCAUGGAUCUUACGGUACAUCUUCCAACCGGCAGAUCCGUCAAAAUGUCGGUCGAAAGAAGCACUCCCAUGAUGGACCUGCUGGUGCAGAUCACCACCAAUUACCAGCUGCAGCUGUCCAAUCACACGCUCCAGGUGUUGGGGAUGGCGCCGUCGAAGGAGCACGGCGACAGCGUGCUGCCGUACAAGCCCAGUACGCCCAUCGGAGCCCUAGAUACGCAACACAUCAGGGUCGUUCCGAAGGCGAAGGGGAUGUCCGUGCCCAAGAACAUCCCCCCGGGACAUCAACCGUUCGAGAGUACCUUCAGGUUGAAGGUGCAUUUACCGAGAAACCAGCUGUACGUGACGAGAGUGAGUCACAGCGUGCACCUGGAAGAAAUCAUGAAGAAAGUGUGCGAAGAGAAGAACUUGGAUCCCGGAAAAUACGAGUUCAGGCACCCAGGAAACUUAGACGAGAUUUUGGACCCCAAACUCACCCUCAGCGACUACACGAUAACCGAAAUUUACCUCGUCCAGAAGGGGGUCGGCAGUUUGAACCAGACAUUCUCGACCAGCGACAUCAUGGCACUCCGCAAAGAAGAAGAACGUAAACAGAUGCAUAACAAAACCGGGGGCGGUGUUUUCAACUUGAUAUUUCGACGGGGGAAGUCGAGUACUACUGGCUCGUUAUCGAGCGAAAAUCGUUCGAUUUCGCCAACUCACAGCGACGAUUCCCGGUCCGUAACGCCUCCGGGCGUUCAACAGAUCAUCGCACCCCCUCCGGACCAGACGGACAGGCCCAAGCCUCCUCAGAGGAAGAGGCGGCCGGCACCGAAGCCGCCGGUGGAGGCGGCGAAGAAGGACGCGGGGCUGACCGUCUGCCAUUCGAGAAACAGCAGCGACAGCUCCGGGUAUCACGAGGCGUCCAUUCUGAGCGACAACAACGCCUCCUUGCCGCGACGGCCCAAAUCGACCGUCAUCGGCGAAGACAGCCAGAAAAUCAUCUCGGGACACAGCCAGAGUACCAGUAAUUUAAGUAAAAUGGGCGUUCACUCAAAGUCCACUUCUAGUUUAGCGCUUCCAAGCCGUAAGAAGAAAACAGCUCCUCCUCCACCACCGCCAGUAUUAAAACCCGAAAAAACUCAUAACCUUGAAGAACCUAGUCCAGUAGUUGCUAGUCAACCUUGUACAGUAGCUCAAACAGAAGCACCUGGUAUUGGGCAUGGCAAUAUUGUAGCUAACAACACUAAUCCUAAACCGAAACCCAGAAAUCGAACCAAAACCGCACCAUCCCCUCGGCCGCGUAGCCUUGUUUCGCUUAGCUCGGAAGACCGUCCCGACGAAAACAGCGCGGAAGCCGUCAACGACAAACUCUUAGAAAAGAGAGAAGAAUCUACAGAACUUGUAAAUACUCGAGCGAACCUUGAACCUUUGGCGGACAACGAACGAAACGAAAGCAUCGAAACUCCCACGCCAGUUCGCGACGAAUUAGGCCCCACGCUUGCCGACACCAAAAGUGAUGAAAUGCAAGAGUUGGUUGAUGAAAAAGAGAUCAAGAUCGUCGACCAAGCGACCGUCAUUGAAAACGAAGACCACGAGAUUGCCGCCCCGACUAAAAACGAAGCGGAUUCAGUUCCCUACGAGGAAGACCCAGAACCGAUAAAUGAAAGCAAACAAAUAGAUGACAGCGCCAAGGAGGGGUUACUCGAAAAAGAAGAAAUCGAUGAGACCACCGCCAACGACGAUGAAGCCAAAAACAAUUUUCAAUCUGCAGAUUCUUUGGGAGGCGACAAAAAAUCGGACAACGGCAUGAAAGAGAAAUUCUCCGAGUUGGCCAAGCUACAGAAGAGCGUCGUCAGCGAUAUUUUGGAGCCAAAGGCCGAAGUGUCGAAAGUGAAGCCCCCCGAAGUUGUGGCUCUUCAUCCUAAAACACCAAAUAAAGACAGCUACCCUAAGUCCUUCUUCGAUUCCUACACUCGCAAACGAGGCUUCCAGAUCGGCAGCUCUUUGCUCGACUUGCGUUCCGACGAGGAGGCCUCGAACCACAAGAAUUCUAGUGACUUGUCGACGCCGAAUUCCGUGGCGUCCGCUCUAAACGCCUUCGAAUUCGUCGACGAGAUCGAAGGCCUCGACGUCGAAAUGUUCACGGGAUCGCUAUCCAAGAAUUCCAGAAACAAAAACAAGAUCCUUAACCAGCUGCACGGAAUGCAUGAUUUGGAUAACUUCAGCAAAAACCCUUCGGGUGGUAGCUUGAGGAGCGUGAGCAGCCUUCCCGGGUUUCUAGGUAGUAAUAUGAAGAAAUGGAACAACGUCGAAGAACUCGACGACAUUUCUUUGAACUCGUUUGGUGGUCGGAACGGUUGGGUGAUUGGGGACACUUCUGACACAGAAUCUAUAGCUUCCACGACAACAUCUCAACGAACGCCUUUCGAAAGUUUGAAUUCCGUCCAGCAGUCACUGCCUUCGCUAACCGAGAAGAAAGAAAUAAAAGUGGAGGAAUUAAUUGAACCGCCUUCGUCUCCACCGCCACCGCCUCCUUCAGUUACUUCGAACGAGAACCUCAAAGAAGUGGAGGAAACGAUCGAGCCAAAAAACCUGGAGGAAAUCGAGCCACACAGAAACAACGAAUUGGAAGCGGACUGGCAGUAUCAACUUCCAUCGCCUCCGAAGGCUUUCAGGGACUCUAGUCCGGUUGCCUUUGUGGACGUCAGCCAGGAAUCCAUAGCGGAUUCGGUGGUAACGUCACCAGAACUUUUCGAGAAGCUGAAAGUGGUCAAAGACCAAUCCGAGAAAGAGACUGCGAGCGACAUCAUUAGUAUGGUGAGCGAGGACGAGAGGCCGAUAUUAAAUAAACUCUCCCUCGAGAAUCUAGAGAAAAGAAAGUCUUUAGUGUAUAACAGAGAAUUGGCGACGAGCCUAAAAAUGUCCGACGAGGAUCGAAAAGAAACGUUUUCUAGUUCGUUAGUAAAUUUCGAAAAGACUUACGACGAAGUGAAACAAUCUAGUCUAAAACAAGUGGCGACGAGUACAUUGCCGAACUUUAAAAUUACCACAUACAACAAUCCUAAACAGAAAGUGGACAUUUUCGAGGACGAUACAGUUAGGAGUAACGACAGAGGCAGCAAAAGGAACUCGUUCGUCGAGGCGACGUUGCAGAAAAGUUACGUCGGCAGAUCGAUGGAGAACAUCUCCUUCAGGAAGAACAGUCUAGGAAGAACUUCUGACGAAGAGUUCGCUAAAAACGAAUACACGUUCUAUAGGCCUCCACCUCCCAAACAGCAGUUUAACGUUCUCCGGUCCGAGUCCUUCACGAAGGAACAGAAAUGGGUACCGGUUAAACCCGUCAGCAGGUCGAAGUCACAGGUAGCGAUUAACAAAUACAGGGAUGCGAAGAACCCGCCGGAAGUCGACGACGGCUUAACGAAGAGCAACAGUCUGUUUGAUGUCUCUGGACUCCAGAGCUUAGGGGUGAUGAGACAGAUACAGAAUAAGCUCAACACACCCAACAACUCCACCGAGGAAUUGGAUAAAGAACCAAGUUACCAGAAGCCACCCGAAAGCAAGAACGAAGUACAAACCCAAGAAGAGAAACCGAUAAUCAGAUGUUACAAAUAUAGUCCACCGUCCAUUAACAUGGGAACUUGGUCCGAACGACCCAAAAUUCCAGUCAACGUGAAGGAAGAUCCCGAUUACAAGUACGGCGUCAAGGAGACGAGCACGUCCAAGCUCGUCGUCAACACAAUCAACAACGACGUCAAAAGCCACAACAGCAUCGAAAUUCGCAACAAAACGACUUCGACGAGUUACACGAAUUCGGUCAGCGUGAGGGUAGGUCCAGACGCUGCAAACAAAAACGUCAGCAUAAAGGUAAACGGCUUCGAGCCCGUCAGUCAAAACAGCGGCAACGUCGUCAUCAAGAUCGGCGGCAACCCGCCUCCCAACAAACCCGUCUUCCGGAAACCCCUCGGCAACGUGAAUACAGAAACCCAGCGGCCGCAUUCCGUAGCUUUAGGUGGCGAUUUCGACAUCUCCAGAGUCCCCAUAGUACGGUCGGUCGAAUUUAAGAAGCCCUAUAAGGAUUACCACACCACCACCAACAAUAACAACAACAACACCUCCGUCACGCAAAUCCUCCCCAGCAACAAUUUCAGAAACGGGUUCAAGGAGCAGUCCGAAAGCACGAUAAAACCGCAGACCGAGCCGAAACCUGUUUUUCGGGUUAACAGCUACCUCCAGAACACCUCGGCGCCUGUCGUUCGCGGUUUCAGAAACAGCAACGAAAUCAACAGGUUGUCGUGGAACCAGCCCCACAGUUUCUCGACGCUGCCCGCCAAGCCCGCGAAGAAUUUCUCCCUGGACGCGCCCAAACCGUUUUCGCAGUCGAACUUGCGAAGGACUGAAUCGACGAACUUGGAGAAGAAAACCGUGCCGCCGCCGGCACCCGUGAUGCCCAAGUUCGGCGGGAACGCGAAGCGAGAGGAGUUUGGGGACCCCAAAGAGCAGUUACUGCAAGCCAUACGAGAUUUCGGAGGGAAGAAGGGGCUGAGGGCUGUCAAAGCGUAGUGUAUAUAGGAUUUAGGCAUUUCAAGCUCAAUAUUGUUAAGGAAUUCUGAAGUCAUAUUGAUAUGUACCUAUCGGCGUCGUCUGUGUACUAACUAUUAAUCAAAUAAUGCAAAAUAUAGGGACCAAAGGUUUUGUGGAAUAUUAUUUAUUAUUUAUGUUUAUCACUCAUGUGUACUGUAUAGAAACGUUAAUAAAUUAUACUACUGUAUUAUACAUUUUC